AUGUUUUCUUUCUCUGAGGAAUUUUCCGAGAAAAAUAAAGCAAUUCAUACAUACAUAAUCAUCUAUAUAUAUAUAUAUAUAUGUAGGCGCGUAGAGAUUUGAGUUGCGAAUAUGAGGAGGGAACUGUGCAGAAACUUUCAGCGCGGGAGUUGUCAAUAUGGGGCAAGGUGUAAAUUUCUUCAUUCUAGCCCACAACAACAACAACAACAACAACAACAACCGAAGACAAAUCCCUUUGGGUUCGGUUCUCAAACCGGAGCUCAGCAACAGCAACAAAAGCCCAACCCUUUUGGAUUUGGUGUCCAGGGCGGCUCUCAGCAUGCGGGAUCUAACAAACCGAAUCAAUUAAAGUCCAACACAUGGUCACGGUUUUCUCCUAUACCCGGGGGUGGUGCUUCUUCACACCAGACUGGCGAUAAGCCACAGCAGGCGGAUCAUAAAUGUACAGAUCCUGCUGCUUGUAAGCGGAUAAUUGACGAAGAUUUUAAGAACGAGAAGCCCUUGUGGAAGCUCACAUGUUACAGCCACUGGAGAUGUUUGCCUUGUGAUGUUGUCGGUGAUACCAGCUAUGAAGAGCUGCGGGCAACAUCGUACGAUGAAGCUAAACGUGGAUCGAGUCUGCAGUUAAUUGUCGAGAGGGAGAGGAAUAUGGUUAAUUCCAAGUUAGCCGAGUUUGAGAAUUUUCUCCGGAGUCCAUACAGAGGCCAUGGAAGCACCGGUAUUCCCAGUCAAAACACGGGUUUUGCAACCUCUCCAAGUAUGUUCCCACCAACUGGUCAGAUCAAUGCCCCUUCAGCGUUUCCGGGCUUUGCUCAACAGAGUGGAUUCCAUGGUACCAGCUCUGGGAUCAGGCCAGCUUUUCCUCCACAGAGUUCGCCCGGGCCGCCUCCGAGUUCCUUUGCUAGCUUUAAUCAGCCUUCAGAUCCUUUCAAUAUGAACCCUCCACAAUCUGUUCCCUCAGGUCCUUCGGGUUUCCAGCUCAACAAUCCAACGCCCGGAAGCCCUUUCGCAUCGAAUCCAGCGGCCUUCAUAACUCCCAGCACUCCCCAAAGCAGUCCAUUCUCUGCUUCAGUAACCGGAACUCCCUCUUUCAACAUGUCCCAGAACCAGACAUCACUCAACUUCAGCAUCCCUAACGCUUCUCCCGAGGCAGACACGAUGAAGAACUCUUCCGGAAUGAACCAACAAGGAGAAGCUGCUUCAGGUGACAACAGCAUCUGGCUAAAACCGAAAUGGAACCCUGGAGAGAUUCCGGAGCAAGCGCCGCCCAAUGCGUUUGUUUAGUGUUUUACAGGUUGAGGCGGUGUUGUAUCACACAAUGUCGCCGCUGAAGUAGCCGUAGCCGCCAUUGCUGUCUGCUGAUUCCUUGCAAAGGUGUCUGUCUAUCUUUUAGUUAGUGUUUUUUUAUAUCAAAAGAAUCGUUCUGUUUCAGAAAUUAUUGAGAAAUUAUAAAUAUAUAAAUGUUAUAUUCGCAAUC